CCCAGGGACACCCUGCCUGUUCCUGCCUGCGUGGUGGCUCCCUGGGACCCGUUGCCGGGGGCAGGUGCCAUGGCAACAAGCACUGGGACCUGUUGCUAGCGGCCGGUAGCGGGUCACAGAGGGGCCCUUUGUGACACCCACUGCAGCAGGUGUGCUCAGCACGACCGUGGCCCACGGUGGGUCAGUGUCCGUCAGGACAGCGACCGGACAGGAGAGGAGUGCAGCGCUGGCGAGAAGCCCCCGACUGCAGUCCACGUCUUGUCCACGACCCCAGGUGGCCCCGUGGGAACGCGGAGUUUUGCUGAGGCGUUUUGCCAAAGCGUUUUUGCCUGAGGCAUUUGGGCCGAGGCCUUUUGGCCGAGGCGCUUUGCCUGAGGUGCUUUGCCUCGGCCUUUGGGCUGAGGUGCUUUGCCUCGGCCUUUGGGCUGAGGUGCUUUGCCUUGGCCUUUGGGCUGAGGCACUUUGCUGAGGCCUUUGGGCUGAGGCCUUUUGCCUCGGCCUUUGGGCUGAGGCGCUUUGCCGAGGCCUUUUGGCUGAAGCCUUUUGCCUUGGCCUUUUGGCCGAGGCACUUUGCCUUGGCUUUUUGGCUGAGGCCUUUUGCUGAGGCCUUUUGCCUGAGGCCCUUUGCCUGAGGCGAUUUGGCCGCGGCAUUUUUUCUGGGGGUGUUCGACUCCACCAUUCGGACGCCCUCCGCAGGCAGGCUCCCCUGUGUUCUUUGAUUCACAGGAUGGAGAGGAGACCCCCCGCCUGCCCCAGGCAGGCCUGGAUGGAAGACAGCUCUUCCCAGGAGAGCCGCUCUCCAGGCCUGCAGCUUCCGUCCUCCUACGAGGUGACCGCCAUGCAGCCCCUGAAGCUGGAUGCCAGCUGGUUGCCCAUCUACAAGGAGGAGCAGGAAGCUGUUGAUUCCGUCCUGGCCUUUGUCACCAGCCCCAACAAGGAGGAGAGAGACAAGACCACAUUUCUCCGGAGCAUCUCUGUGCUGUGCAGAAGCGCCUUGAGCCACGGCCUGACCCAGGGCCUGGAUCUGUUUUGUGACAAGUACGAGCUGGCAGAGAACAUCAAGGCGCUGCUGGAAGAAGAGCCAAGGGACCAGCUGUGCACAGACCUUCGGCAUCUUUCCAUGCUGGCUCUGGAGAAAUUGAGCUUGGUGGACACAGCGCUGGAGGGCAAAGCCAAAAGCCUCCUCCGCGCGUGUUUCUCGAGUGUCUUCUGGCUGCCUGCAGAGAAGGAAAUGCCAAAAGCGGACCUUGCCCUCUACAUCAAGACCCUGAACUCCAUGGACAGCAUGCUGAGGACAAUGGUGCUCAGCUUUCCUGCCUCUCAAGUCAGCGAGGAGCUGCAGGGCAUCUUGGAGCUGCUGCUGGACUUCACCAGAUGCGAGAGAGAGGCUGUGAGGGAGAGGGCCAUGGCAAGGAUAGAUGUGCUGACCUGUGUGCUGUCCGACUAUUCCACUCUGCAGGCCCACGCCAACAUCAGAAGAGGCACUGCUGGACCUGUCUGCUCUGGGGAGAUCCAGCUCCCGCUCCUAGGAAAGCUGCUGGGACGACUCAUCCUUUUCCGCUUCUCUGAGGAGCUGACAUGCUAUGCAGCUUUCCAUGCUCUUUUUGCCCUGGCUGAGUUCAUCUUCGAAUCCAGGCUAAAGGACAGAGCAGACCAAGUCCACCGGGAAGCCGUGACCACCUCCGCACUGUGUUCUCUGAGCCCCAGGGACUGUGCCAAGGCCUUUGGAAAAUACCUGCAGUCCCACGAGAGGACAGACGUCAUCCUCGUGGCCAUCGAGGCGUUGGGAGAUGCCAGCAUCCUCGACCAGCAGGUGCCCAGCAGCCUGCUGGAUGUGGCCUUGGAGGACCCGGACGUCUGGCUGACGGACGGGCCCAAGAUAGUCAGCAGCAUCCUUGAGAGCCUGCCAUACUGCAGCACACAGGCAGCGUGGGAGAGAGCGGAGUCACUCCUUCGCCUGAUGACCAACCUGUACCCCACCACAGUGGUCAUCCUCCUGUGCAAGGCGGCUCUUCAAGGAGACAGCACUGCGCCGGAGCUGUGGGAGCUGAUGUCCUCCAUGCCGGAGACACUGGCCAAGAUCUUGGAGGACUUUGCCAACCUGCUGUGCACACAGUGCUUCCGCUGCUCCGCAGAAGGCCCCCGCACCCAGCCCAUGGCUUCAUCCUCCAGGAAGGCUGAGUCGGAGGAGUUGGCUGACGAGCCCGACGUCGAGAGCCAUCAGGGCUGUCCAAACGUGAGGACGGCCGGGCUGCUGCUGGAAGGGCUCGUCGGGCUGUCGCAGAGAGCCGAGAUGGCCAGAAAUAUUGAACUCUUCCUGCCGGGCAUGAUAAAGAUCCUGCAAGUUGGCAGCGAAGACGCCCAGGUGAAGAUCCUGCUGGCCUUGUGAAAUGUGCUGCAUCAGCUGAAGAAGAGCAAGGCCAGCUUCAUCGCUGUGCAGCUUGUGGGGAGGCUCCUGCCCCUCUUUGA